CUGGCGUCCCAUCAUGCUUGUGCAACAACGACAGGACAAGAUGGCGGACGUGAUUUCGUGAAUUUUCGACCUCUCUUACAGUCGAUAACUUUACUUUCCUGACAAAAAUUCCACAUGUAUCCCCCGAUCCGUACCAUCUAAAGCUUCCCGAGAACAUACAGAAGUGCAUGGCCACAGCGCUCUAACCCCAGCCGCUAACCGUGACCAUCCCCGCGCUUGGGAUGGCCAGACGCACUAAUCCCAACCGCCAAUACGACAGCUGCAGCAGCGAUUCUGAUUUUUCGGACUGUGAAGAGAGACAAAAGAAAGUUUGUGGUAACAGACUGUACAGUUCCCCUCGGCCUAAGAUCAACAUGAACUCCAAGCUGGGUAAGGUGGCUGUCGGGGACCCGUCCAACCCUCGCAACUGUCAGCCGCCAUCUUGCCUGAAGAACGCCGUGGCCCACGCCGCCCAGAACGCCGCGGCCGCCUCGGGUGGAACGGUCGCUAGAAACCAGCAGUCAGUGGUCUACACAACAAAGGGUUCUGAGAAGAUCACCUUGGUUGUCGACCAGACCAGAUUCGUGGUGGAUUCCAACCUGUUUGCCAGCCACCCUGAAACCAUGCUGGGCAGGAUGUUUGGUACCAGGGAGAAUGACUUGGUCCGUCCGAAUGACAAGGGAGAGUAUGAGGUUGCAGAUGGAAUGUCAGCUAGUGUCUUCAGAGCCAUCCUGGAUUACUACAAGUAUGGACAGAUCCGCUGCCCCCCUGAUGUGUCUAUCCAGGAGUUACGGGAGGCCUGUGAUUACCUCCUGGUGCCGUUUGACUGUGACACCAUCAAAUGUGUCAACCUACGGGGCCUUCUCCAUGAGUUGUCCAAUGACGGUGCCCGUGAACAGUUUGUGAUGUUCCUAGAAGAGCUCAUCAUGCCCAUCAUGGUGCAGUGUGCUCAGAAAGGAGACCGUGAGUGCCACAUCGUAGUCCUGACAGAUGAUGAUGUAGUGGACUGGGACCAGGAGUACCCACCACAGAUGGGGGAGGAGUAUUCACAAAUAAUCUACAGCACAGCAAUGUACAGAUUCUUCAAGUAUAUAGAGAACCGAGAUGUGGCCAAGGCAGUGCUGAAGGAAAGAGGACUGAAAAAGAUCAGACUAGGCAUCGAGGGCUACCCAACAUACAAGGAGAAAAUCAAGAAAAGACCAGGGAGCAAGCCUGAAGUGAUUUACAACUACGUUCAGCGUCCCUUCAUUCGCAUGUCGUGGGAAAAAGAAGAGAACAAGAGCCGCCAUGUUGACUUCCAGUGCGUCAAGAGCAAGUCCAUCACGAACCUCGCUGCAGCGGCGGCCGAUACGCCCGCAGACCAGGCUAUCGUGCAGCAGAACGCUCCCGCGCCCGAAGAGGAACCAGAGGGUGCGGUGGGGGGUUCCCCUCCUCCCAUGCCACUUAGUGUAGAGCCAUAUCCAACUGUGCAGUUACCCAUCGAAUGAGCCUCAUCUCUCAACACUUUUCAUCUAGAAAGACACUAGAAUUUGGAAAGAUCUAACAAAACAUUAAACCUCUCUGUAACUAUAUGAGUUUGAGGUGUACAAUCAACUAAUCGAACUAGAUCUUCCAAAAUCUCAUUGUCUUUCUGCAUCUAAAGUGGUUAAAAGAUAUCCAAUUCUUAAAGGUUGCCUUGGCACAAUUUUGCCACCCGUAAUUGAGUGAAUUACUGACGUUUCUGCUAACUUUUUUGCUGGACAAAGACGAACUAAAAGAAAAUGAAGGAACGCCAUACCCAAGUGUUGACCAACUUGGCAACUGUUUUGGUGUUUCUUCAAUCGAGCCUUUUGUCUUGCCUUUGAGUUUGGAGUACUGUAGUAUUUAUCCUGACAGACCACUGCAAGUAUGUUUUUGUCAAUCUCUCUGGCUAAUAUAUUGCUAUAACAUGACAAUUAACCAGACUGAACUAUUGCAAGUCUACUGGAGCGCAAAGGACAAUGCAAAGAACUUUAGUGCUGUAUGAACAAAUUAUCUGCAUCCAUACAAAUCUUAAUUGUGUUAUAUAUGUUUUCAAAUACGGCUCUGUUGAAUUAUGAUAAGCAUUUUGACUGCAUUGUUACUUGAUGUAAUGUUUAUAUCUGAUGUAAGUUUUUUCUGUGGUUUAUUAUAAUAAUGUUUCAUUACCUUAUUUACAUUAGUUGUUUUCGAAAGUCAUAUGCAAAGAUAUUCUCAUUUUUUAUAUGAGUUACACAAAGGUUCUAAAGAAGACACUUGAAAAUGCAUUGCUUUCAACUGCUUAACAAUUAAGCCUUAAUUAAAAUGAUCAAGAAUUGUUGCUCUUUGUGAUGAAGUAUUUUAUGUUGACGUUAUUUGUCACAAAUAAUAGUACAUAAUAGUUGUAAUCUUCACAGUGCUGUUGGCAAAGAUGUCCUCUGUGUAUCAUAGAAAAGUUUUUACCAACUUUGUGAACAAACAUGUUAAAGAACAUGCAAUAAUAUGUUAACUAUGGCAUAAAGAUCUAUCUAGUCUUGUCAGGUUAGGGUUGUAUCUUGUUGAUAUCUGCUAGUUUUCCAAUAUGAGCUAUUCUAAAAUUUGUUACUUUUGUA